AUGGGCCGGAAUCAACACUCCAAGGACAGAUUAUUCCUCACUGCAACUGAGUGGAAGCGGGACUACGGGGGAAAGAAGGCCGACAAGAAUGGGGCGUCCAGGCCGCUCGCGUUCGACUGCUGUGCUCUCUCGCUGGCGCCUUUCGAGACACCGGUGUGUACCAAGGAGGGGGUGAUCUUCGACAUCCUCAACAUCAUGCCGUAUGUGAGGAAGCACAAGAAGAACCCCGUGACGGGGGAGGCUCUGACCCCGAAGGACCUGGUUCGGCUCAACAUCUCCAAGAACGCAGACGGAAAAUGGCACUGCCCGGUCACCUUCAAGGUGUUCAAUGACAACAGCCGCAUCCUGGCGAUUAAGUCGUCCGGCAACGUGUUCGCCGCCGAGGCCGUGGAGGAGCUCAACUACAAGGCCAAGAGCUGGAACGACCUGCUCACUGGAGAGGAGUUCACGAAGCGGGACGUGAUCAAGCUCAACGACCCGGGAGACAAGGAGUUCGUGGCCUCGAGGGAUGUUAACAACUUCGUGCACCUUUCGGAGGUGCGGGAGGAGCGUGUGGCAGAGCUUGCCAAGGUGGCGCACGCGGACAAGAUCCGACAGACCAAGUCCACCGAGCUCAUAUUCAGAGAGAUUGGUGCGAAACGCAAGCGAGACGCGGCAGAGAAGGCGGCGAAGGAUGAAGAGGACAGAAAAACCGCCAAGGAGAGGGAGGAGGCCGGGCUUGCUGCGGGCGAGAGGCUGUGGAAGCGAGGCAAGGUAACGACGGAAGAUCUUGUCGGAGGCAGGAUCAUGACCAGCGGGAAGACGUCGGGCUCCUUCACCUCCAGCGCGCUUGCGGUGAGCACGGAGAGCAAAGCCCGCCUUGCCACGGACGACGAAAUCAACGACGCGCGCUGGUACCGCCUCCGAAAACUUGGGAAGAAGGGGUACUGCCAGCUUCAGACCACCAAGGGGAACAUCAACGUCGAGAUCCACUGCGACAUCGUUCCGCGCAUGGCGGAGAACUUCCUGGGGCUGUGUGAGAAGGAGUACUACGACGGGACCAAGUUCCACCGAAGCAUCCGUAAUUUCAUGCUUCAGGGGGGAGACCCUACGGGGUCUGGGCGGGGAGGCGAGAGCUACUGGGGCGGCAAGAUCAAGGAUGAGUUCGAGUCCCGCAUGACGCACGACAAGAGGGGCGUGCUGAGCAUGGCUAACUCGGGACCGGACACGACGGGCUCUCAGUUCUUCAUCACGUACAAGUCGUGCAAGCACCUCGACAACCAGCACUCCGUCUUCGGCAGGGUGGUCGGUGGCAUGCCGGCGCUGGCCGCGAUAGAGGCGGUCCCCACAGACUCCAAGGACAAGCCGAGGGAGGACUAUCGUGCUGGUCAAGGCGACGGUGUUCAGCAACCCCGUCACGGAGAUGGAGGACGCGCUGGAGCAAGAGCUGCAGGCCAAGAUCGACGCGCGAGAAGCAGAGGAGGCAGGAAAGUCGACAAAGUCCGCACCGCUCGCCCCCGACCACGACCGAAUCGGCUGGGCAAGCAACCCGACGCCAGAAGCACGGCCGGGCACCAAGACCGGAGUGGGAAAAUAUCUCGGAGCCGCAGCCGCGACCACCCUGCCCCGCUCGGCGUCGACUUCGUCGGCCGCCACGACGCCGGAAGGGGCGGCAAGAGCGGCCGGAGCUAGCGCGGCCGGCGGCGGCAGCAGCAUCAACUGGGCAGACCCGGCGAUUGACGCGGCCGCGCGUGCUACCGCUGCCGCGGCAAAGGGGAAGGCGAAGACGAAGAAGGGAGGUUCCGGCGGAUUCGGAGAUUUUUCGGGAUGGUAGACUCGCGCUGUUCCACGUGUCGCAGACCCAUCGGUCCGGCGUGUGGGCUCCACGCCCUCCGGGUUCUUCGUUGUUGCUGAAACGGCUGCCUGUUUGUUGUCUUGUUGUUUGGUGGGCACGAGCGGCGGGGGCAGUUUGCAAAGGGAUUGGGUGGCUAUUUUUCGCGAAUGUUUGUGUUAAGCGGGUGUCUCGAGGAAUUUUGCGACCCCAGACCUGACUGGUAGCGAUUCAUUAUUUCUUGCCUCUGGUGAACCAAUCCAGUCGGCAGGGGAGAACCGCUUGAGUUACCUUCCAUCGCUGUUGGCCGCUCGCUUGUCUAUUCGUGGGAGUUAUGAGCUCGAGAUGAAAACGCACUAUAAUAAGAGAUUGGUUUGGGUGGGGUUUGCGUACAUGGCUUUCGCGCUCCACUACGAUGCGUUUCUUGGGUCCCAGGAGUCUACGCAGCAAAAUUAAUGAAGCAAACAUAUGGGAUACAGU